AUCACCGGCACCGGCCCAUUUCAUACGAUCGGCAGCAGCUGGCUCAGGAGUCCCAUGGAAGCAACCGCCCCGCCCUCUUAACGCCACAUUGAAUCCCAAUCAACGCCAGCGUCCGUCCCAUCCUCCAGUCCUCCUCGCCAUAGCCAAUCCCGCAAAGCUUCAUACGCUCGUACGUGCAGAGCCAGUGCGACGUCGACCUCCUUCCACCCGGCUGGGCUAGGCUACCGGCAAGCUAGCUACCUUGCCCUCGGCUCAUGACUCCCCAGGCCUGCGCGCGGCGGCCAUGAGACGACCCGGCGGCGCCGCCCCCGUCGUCGUCCUCCUCCUCUGGCUCACCGCGCUCACCUUCGCCUUCCACGGCUGCGGCGGCGGCGGCCUCCUCCGGUGCGGAGGCUUGGCGGUCCAGCUGGAUCAUCCGGCCUCUCUUCCCAGGAAGAUGCUUCUCGUCGUGGAGAGCCGGAGCCUCGACCCCUCGUCGGCCGCCGGUGCUCCACAGGAUCAACAGCGGCACCACCACCAUCAUCACCAUCGUGGUGGUCGCCACCAACGUCAACGGCACCACCGCCUCCCAAGCAAAUGGAACUGGCAGAGACUGCCACCGUCUGCCGCUCCCGGGGACGGCGAGGAGGUCGACCCGCGGUACGGCGUGGAGAAGAGGCUCGUCCCGACAGGCCCGAACCCGUUGCAUCACUGAGGACGGGCAGGGUCUUCAUGGCCGGGCUUCCAUGGCGAUUUUUCAUGUACUUAUCCUGAUCAGAAGCUGCAAAAGCUUGCAAGGGAGAGGGAGAAAAAGGAACCAAAAUUUUUCUAGCUGUGGUACAUACAAGUUAUUAUGCUGUUGAGUAUCGUCUCUUCCUCUUUUCCGUUUCUAGGUUGUCCAUUCUAUUCUUUGAUUUUCUCUGCUACAUGGUCAAAAUCUUGGCAUGAAUAAGACGAGUGCUGCAGGUGACAUUUGCAUGUACUGUAU